UUUAAUGUCAAAACUCAGAAACCUAGCCUAACACAAAGUUGCACGUCUUCAACAUCUAGCCUGACAGCAAAAAACUGAACUUCCCUUCUUCCUUUUUCCUUGAUCCUAACAGAUUCUACGAGCAAGCCAAGCAGUGCUUUUUUAAAAUCCACCAAAAAGGUGUGCCUUCAAAGUUAGUCUAAGUUAAUUACUGGAUAGGCUUUUGGUCUAAUUUUUUGUUUUGAGUAAUUGACAGAAAGAUUUAGCACAGAAAAGGGGCAAACCUUCUUUCUGAUCUUAAUUCUCUAUAUCUCUCUGACAAGAAAGAGGAAGUAUAGUGCAAUCAUGGGGCGUAGCAAGAUGGAGAUGAAGUUGAUUGAGGACACAACUAACAGGCAAGUCACAUUCUCAAAAUUUCGAGCAGGUUUGCUUAAGAAAGACCAUGAAGUUUCUGUGCUUUGUGAUGCCGAAAUUGGGCUCAUUAUCUUCUCAAGCACUGGGGAGUUGUUUGCCUACUGCACUCAACCACUAAGCAUGGAACAAAUCAUAGAAAGAUAUCAACUUGCCAAAGGAACUCAAACUCCUCAACAGAGUGACUUGCAAAAGAUGUCUGAGAAACAAAGAAGAGAAAGUCAUUGUUCGGAACCGAGCUUGAACCACCUCAAUGGCAGUGAGUUGAAUUCCUUAAAAAUUGAGGAUUUAGAGGAGCUUGAACAGCAACUGGAAUGCUCAAUUAACAAGGUCCGAGCUAGGAAGGAGCAGCUCUUGAAACUGCAAAUGGACAAUCUAGAAAGAAACCUUGAAAAAAUGGAAGCGGAAAACAACCAACUUUGCCAUUGGAUUGAGGGGAAGCAGGUGUCAUCAAGGCAGCAACAAGUUCCAAUUGAAGCAAACAUGCUGGAAGAGAAGCAACAGCAAGUGUUGAAUCAGUUCCCAUUCAUUGGGGAAGAGCAACCAAUUAGCAUGCUUCAGCUUGUAAGUCUGCCUCCCUCUCGCCCAUAUCUCUGCCAACCAAUGCAGAGCAACCUUCAAGAAGCAAAUACCCAUCAUCAAUAGAUUGGUUAAGCUUAAUUGCCUCUGAGGAAUAUUUACAUGAUAAAGAAGAGAAGAACGGAAGUCGAUCUUUCUUGAAAUAAUGAAAUGUAAAUCUCUUAGUAUUAGGCUCUGUUAUGUUCACAAAAGUUUAUAUGUGUCCAGCUUUUUAUCAUACUUAAACCACAAAAGUUUAUACAUGUCCAG